AUGAGAAGGACCAGUAAAAAGCUGAGAUUAGCAAUUCUCCGUUUGGAAACCAUUACAAAAAUCUUUUGGGUCUCCGUUUUACCGGAAUUCCAUUUGAUUACUGAUUUAAUAUGGGCCAUUGGAAAACGAAAAUGCUACUGGUACACAACGGUGAUUGUCAUUACGGUUCAGGGGCUUGGUUCGAAUGAGGGUGGAUUAUUUGCUUCUGAUGAUGAUCAUCAUACCUCUGUUUCUAAGAGAACCAAGCUGAAUUUCCCGCAAUCCAAUCAUCAUCAGGAAUUAGACUCCUCUAAAGAAUCAAGUCCUCUUGGCUUGACAUUAAACAAGACACCAUCUUUCAUCAACUUGGUAGAAAUGAAACUAUCCCAAACAAGGAGCAAAAGCUAUUUAAAUGAGAAACAUCAAGCUUUAGUUCAAGAAACAAAGAGGGAUGAUUUUUUGCCUCAACCAAUGUCAGACAGUGAGAAAUUGAAGGCCUCAAACUUCCCUGCAUUACUACUAAAGAUUGGUUCUUGGGAGAGGUUAACUAGGCAAGAAGGGGAUUUGAUAGCAAAGUGUUACUAUGCCAAGAGGAAAAUUGUGUGGGAAGUGUUGGAGGGCUCUCUUAAGAGCAAGAUUGAAAUACAAUGGUCUGACAUUGAAGCAAUUAGAGCAAUUGUUCGCGACGAUGAGCCUGGAAUAUUGGAAAUUCAGUUGAAGCAAUCACCUCUGUUCUUUCGAGAGACUAACCCACAGCCCCGGAAGCAUACUAUUUGGCACGAGGCACCGGACUUUACUGAAGGCCAAGCUCGCAUUUGCAGGAUACAUUUAGUGAAAUUUCCUCCAGGAACUCUUGACAAGCACUAUGAGAAGCUUUUGCAAUGUGAUGAUCACUUGUGAGAGCUCAGCCAAAGGCCUUUCCCAAGCCUAAAUUCUCCUUACUUCUGUUCAAGCAACAUAGAUGGAGUUUCAGAGAUCCCUUUUGAUUUCACUUCAUGCAAUUCGUCAUUCCCUCUUCCAAUUAUCCCUCCAUCUUUGGCUCCUCCUCAUCAAACUCAAAAUUUCAAGUUAUCAACUAGGC